AUGACUGCUUCCAAGAUUAUGGAUUUACAUUUCUUCCUUCAAUUUAUAAGUUAUUUCUGGGUAUUUUAUUACAAUGUACACAAAUUAGCUGCAGAAUUGGAAGAUAUUAUAUCGGUCAUGUCGCCACACUUUAGUAGCAAACCAGGAACAUAUUAUUCGGAUGUAUUAUUCUUUAUUUCACUGGGCUUGCACAGAAUCGCUCCCAGCCACCAACGAUUCGCCGUAAUGUUUGACGCAGACACGAAAUUUCGUAAAGACGUUAAGGAUCUGUUUGAAGAAUUUAAUAAGUUUGGAAAAAAAGCUUUGUUUGGCUUGGCUCCAGAGCUCACUCCAGUUUACCGACAUGUUUUGUACUUAUAUCGCAAUAAACAUCCGAGAACGAUGUUUGGCGAACCGCGACAUAAAGGUGGAUAUCCUGGCUAUAAUAGUGGAAUGGUGCUCUUUAACCUGGAAAGAUUACGGAAGUCACAUGUAUAUAGUGAGAUUGUUAAUAAAGAUAGCGUGGAUGCUUUAACAGAGAAAUAUCAUUUUAAGGUAAGUUUGAAAUGAUCAGUUUAUUCAAAGUUAUACAACUGAAGUUUUCAGAGCCGAGACUAGAAUGUGUAAAACGAACAAGACACUUGCUUUAUAUAAAAAAUUUGAAAGUGUGCAAAAUAG